AGGUGCUUCCGCUUCGGAUAGUUCUUUUUCAGUCCUCCGUGGCAUGGCGGACGUGCUUUAUUAGUUGCAGCCAAAAUAAAUUGUGAAUUUGCGGGUGAAAACUUGUGCGAAAAUGAGUUUGAUGGCGACGCGCCCUCUGGUCAGUGUUUACACUGAGAAGAAUGAUGCCGUUAAGGAAAAGGGAAUCCUCCUUCCGGCGGUGUUCCGGGCUCCGAUUCGUCCGGAUGUUGUGAGCGAGGUGUCCCAGUUGAUGCGCCGCAACCAUCGCCAACCGUACGCGGUUAGCGAGGCGGCCGGUCACCAGACGUCGGCCGAAUCGUGGGGUACUGGUCGUGCUGUGGCCCGUAUUCCGCGUGUUCGUGGUGGCGGUACCCACCGUUCCGGUCAGGGUGCCUACGGUAACAUGUGCCGUGGUGGACGUAUGUUCGCCCCGACCAAGCCGUGGCGCCGUUGGCAUCGCAAGAUCAACAUCAACCUGAAGCGUUAUGCUUUGGUUUCUGCCCUGGCCGCUUCCGGCGUUCCGGCUCUGGUGCAGUCGCGUGGCCAUGUCAUCGAUGGUAUCUCGGAGCUGCCACUGGUCGUGUCGAACGAUAUCCAGAAGUACCAGAAGACCAAGCAGGCUGUUGCCUUCUUGCGCCGUACGAAGGUUUGGGCCGAUGUGCAGAAGGUGUACAAGUCGCAGCGUAUGCGUGCCGGUCGUGGUAAGAUGCGCAACCGUCGUCGCGUCCAGCGCCGCGGUCCGUUGGUCAUCUACGCCAAGGACGAGGGUCUGCGCAAGGCCUUCCGUAACAUUCCGGGCGUCGACACGAUGAACGUGAACAAGCUUAAUCUGCUGAAGCUGGCCCCUGGCGGUCACGUUGGUCGUCUGUGCGUAUGGACCCAGGAUGCGUUCUCCAAGUUGGACGAAAUCUAUGGCACCUGGAAGCAGAAGUCCGCGUGCAAGAAGGACUACAACCUUCCCACGCCGAUCAUGGCCAACACCGAUCUGGCCCGUUUGCUGAAGUCGGAGGAAAUCCGCCGCGUGUUGAAGCCGGCCAAGAAGGUAGUCCACCGAUACAAGCGCCGUCUGAAUCCGCUCACCAACAAGCGCCAGAUGGUGAAACUGAACCCGUACGCUGAGGUGACCAAGCGUCGCGACAUUUUGGCGUCGAAACUGCGCCGUUGUCAGCGCAUCGUCGCCCGCGCCAAGGCCCGCAACCAAACGCUCAGCAAGCGCGACAAGGCCGUGCUGUUCGUGGCGUCGGAAAAGAACCGCAAGAACCAGCUGAGAUUGGUCGCCGCUAAGCGCAAGGCGAAGUUUGCGGAGAAGAACCCGGAGAAGGCCGCCAAGAAGGCAGCCCUGCGGGUCGCCAGGAAGACCCAGAAGUCGAAGAAGGUGGUUGAGCGCGUGCCGAGGAAGCUCAGAAUGAAGCUGGCGAAGGAGGCCAAGAGGAAGGAGAAGAAGUUAGCGAAGAAGUAAACGAACUUCGUCACCAUAUUGAUAACUUGUUCCAAUUUCCAUCGGCUGAAAUAAAGUAAAACCGUAAAGCCAACAGUCCUUACAGCUGUGGUGGGAAGAAAGA